UUCUUACGUAUCGAGGUAUUGCCGGCGAGAUGGCUAUCGGCUCGGCCUGGAAGCGAAUGUCGUGGCUUUAUUACCAGUAUCUCCUGGUGACGGCCCUCUACAUGCUGGAGCCCUGGGAGCGGACGGUGUUCAAUUCCAUGUUGGUGACUAUUAUUGGAAUGGGACUUUACACUGGCUAUGUUUUCAUGCCUCAGCAUAUAAUGGCCAUCUUGCAUUAUUUUGAAAUUAUGCAGUGACGAAUCUCAUAAGCAGAAGCCAGUUAGAAGCUGAAGAUCAGACUGCUAAGAAAGCUGAUCAUUUACAACUUAAGGAUUCCUACAGAUGGCAAAAUGACAACAAUUGAUGAUUGUGGCUGCCAUUGGGGGCACAUGAAGAUAUAAAUGUAUUUUAUUUCUGUACAAGAUUCCCUUGUAUGAUAUUUUUGUCUAUUAAUACUGUAAUUGUACCUCUGAUAUCAGUAUUUUCUUAACUUUGUGACUGUCUUAGCAUUAUACUGUAAAAGCUUUUCUUAAUGUCACUUUGGGUACACUUUGCCUUCUAUUUUUAAUCAAAAAUUGUCUUAUUAAGUGGCGCUUAAAGCUUUUGCUAUUGUAUACUUAUGUCCAUCUGGGUGUAUUUCUAGUAACACAUUUUGUAAGAAAAAAGUGUUUAGAUUCAUGUAUAGAUGUGGAUAUAUUCAUGAAAACUUUCUUACAAAACUUACUCAGGUGCUUCAGUUGCUAUCUGAAUUGUUCAAAAGAGUGGUAUAUCUGUUUUGCUUUAGCAAUAAAUGGAAAGCUUUUUCUGUGUACCUUGGAGAAAAACAUCAAAAUUUACUACGUAUGUAUAGAACAGUAUCAGAUAUAAGAAAGUACUGGAUUCAACCCUUAUCUGCAUAUAAAAUGUUUAAUUCAUGCAUGCCAUUUGGAGUUUUGUGAUAGCACUUUAAUGCUGCUAUUAUAGUUUCUAACUGAAGUAUAUAUGCUUACUUCCUAAGGAAUAGAUUUUAAUAUUGGCUUGAUUUAAAAGACAGUAAGUAUGGGUGUUGUCUAUGGUGUAAUCAUGUCUGUAUUGUGAACCCCCUGUUAACAGUUGUUCAAACUUUUGUGAAUAUUUAAACCACAUGACCAAAAUACGAAGUUUGGAAUGGACUUGAGUUAAAAUAUGCAGCAAUAAGGAGCUGCCUACUAGGCUUAAGGUUAUUUUAAUUUUUGUAGCGUUUUUCAGAUUUGUAUUCUGGACUGUAAGGUGGAAAUUUUUAAGGUGGGUUUAUGCUGUUUUUCAGAGAAAAAAAAGUUGAAAACAGCAUUGCUACCUAAUGUGUGUCCGUAAUUUUAGAAGAACAUAAUUUUAAACAAGACAGUGCUAUAGAAGAUUACCAACACUUGUUAAAGAUUGGUAGGCUAGAGCCCAUAAGCUGGCAAUUGAAAGAACCAGUUUUGAAUUGGGAUGUUCAAAUCUCAAUUUUGAACCCUAGGCAAACUCCUUUCUUUACUUCUCUCCCCAGUUUCUAAUUUUGAUAUAAGAAUGACUUGCUUGGCAGGAUUAUUAGAAUAAUUUGAGAUGCUGAAGUAUAUUGAACAUUCAAGAUAAUAUGCUGUAUCAAGGAUCCCCAAGUUUUUGAGAGUGCAUUGAAGGUACUUUCACAAAAUCACUUCUGGGAGUCUUACCAGUUGACAGAAUGAUUGUCAUGGGCAAGCAUAAUCAGUUGCCAAUCACCCAUUUACCAAUUCAAAAAUCCACCUCCCAUACGAUGCUCCAUCUUUAACUGUUUAGUUUUGUUCUGUCUUUGGAUAAAUGGGCACAUUUCCAAGCAUAGCAUUAGUUUAUAGAUGUCUACGAUUUCAUUUCCUAAGAAGUCUUAACAGUGCUAAAGACAUUCUUGCAAUAAAGUUGGAAGUCUGAGCAGGGAGCCUGACAGGUAGCAAGGGAAAUACCUGGGCAUGUUGGCAGCCCUAGGCAUCACACUGGGAGCCCCAGUGCUAUGCAGAUUAUAUAAUCUAAUUAAAAUAAUCAGCUAAAUUGUCAUCGAGUUCCUUGUAGUUUACAAUUUGCAUUCUAGUGUUCUCUAUACAAUUAACCAUUAAUACUAUGGUUUAAAAAUCCUGGUUUGCACAAUCUGAAUAAUCUAGCUUGCUGAUUGAAUAAUCCUGACUUGCCCAACCUGCUGUGAAGAUAGCAAAUCUAGAGUUGGAUUUACUGGUGAUUCUUAGCAAAUACUUGAAGAGUUUUAAGGAAAAAUGGGAGACAAAGACCUGCUGCUGCUACUUUUGCUUCCAUGCCAUGUUAAAUGUGGAAUUGUAUUUUCUUGACAAGGAAAAUUGCUAUGAAGUGGGGGAAUAUGAGUCUUCCUGAACUCAUCAGGCUC